UCCAUCUCAACAAUGGCUGAGCUUGCACCAUUUUUCCUUCUUUUUCUCACUUUGUUUCUUAGUGCAAGCUCUACUACUUCCUCUUCACCUGUUCAAGACCCUGAACUUGUAGUACAAGACGUUCAUAGGAGCAUCAAUGCUUCAAGGAGGAACUUGGCCUACUUGUCGUGUGGAACGGGCAACCCCAUUGACGAUUGCUGGAGGUGCGAUCCCAACUGGGAGAGGAACCGCCAGCGGCUUGCUGACUGUGCCAUUGGGUUUGGAAAGGAUGCCAUUGGAGGAAGAAAUGGUCGGAUCUACGUGGUCAGCGACUCCGGUGACGACGACCCAGUGAACCCCAGGCCCGGAACACUCAGACAUGCAGUGAUACAAGACGAGCCACUGUGGAUCAUCUUCAAAAGGGAUAUGGUGAUUCAGCUGAAGCAAGAGCUGGUGAUGAACUCCUUCAAAACCAUCGAUGGUAGGGGUGCUAGCGUCCACAUUGCCGGAGGACCAUGCAUUACCAUACAUUAUGUGAGCAACAUCAUCAUCCAUGGCAUCCACAUACAUGACUGUAAGCAAGGAGGGAAUGCUAAUAUCAGAGACUCUCCUGGCCAUGAAGGUUGGUGGACUGUAUCGGACGGUGAUGGGGUUUCCAUCUUCGGUGGGACGCAUAUAUGGGUCGACCAUUGCUCUCUCUCUAAUUGCCGGGAUGGACUUAUUGAUGCCAUCCAUGGAUCCACAGCUAUCACUCUAUCCAACAACUACAUGACCCAUCAUGAUAAAGUCAUGCUUUUGGGCCACAGCGAUUCUUACACACAGGACAAGAACAUGCAGGUGACCAUCGCUUUUAAUCAUUUUGGCGAAGGGCUGGUUCAGAGAAUGCCAAGGUGUAGACACGGGUAUUUUCAUGUGGUGAACAAUGACUAUACACACUGGGAAAUGUACGCAAUUGGCGGGAGUGCGUCACCGACUAUCAACAGCCAAGGAAACAGAUUUCUUGCACCGGAUAAGAGGUUCAGUAAAGAGGUGACGAAACACGAGGAUGCGCCGGAGAACGAGUGGAGGAGCUGGAACUGGAGGUCUGAGGGUGAUAUGUUUUUGAAUGGAGCUUACUUUAGGCAAUCAGGAGCAGCUGCAUCUUCAAGCUAUGCCAGAGCUUCCAGCCUCAGUGCAAGACCUUCUUCUCUUGUGGGCUCAAUUACUACCACUGCUGGUGCACUUAAUUGCAGAAAAGGGUCUCGCUGCUAGCCUAAUUAUAAAUUAAUAUAUAACUUUCAAUAUAUAUAUAUAUAUAUAUA